GUAACCUGCCUUCGUUGAUCCUCGAACACGACUCACGACGAACGUGUGCACGCGCAUGUUAAAUUUAAAAAUUCGAAUAAUCGAAGUGAAUUCAAAUUGAAUUGAAUACUUUGCGUGAAGAUUGUGAUGUUCAAAGUAUUGUGUACAAUAUAAUGUUAAACCAAGGAAUUAUAUCAUGUAAGUCUUUCUUUCUUGGUAAAGAAAUAUCCUGAAGCGAAAAUGACGAGAAAAUUCCUAUUUUGUUUUCCCCUGCGGCUUGGAAACAUCGUAUUUGGUUAUAUUGUUGUUAUUGUAAGUUUAGCGGUAGCAGCCUUCCAUUUAUAUCUCCUUGCGUUGAACAUUAUUUCCAAAGAUGAUACUCACGAAGAAAAAUUCAACAAUUUCGAAAAACUCGAAAGUAUAUUUGGCGAAGACAAAAAGGACUUAGUCACUAUUGUCAUAAUGAUAUAUUACUUAACAUAUAUCAUAAUUGGACUAUUAUUAUUUAUGUUCGGACUUAUAUUUACUGUUGGAGCUUACAAGGUAAACGAGUGCUGUAUAACAACUUUCUUCAUCUACAGUUUCUUCCACAUAUUCUUCACAAUUGGAUUAAUAGUUUGGGAAGCCAUUACCGCAGGCUGGAUACAGCUAGGACUUAUAUUUGCAUCUGAUGUGCUCCUGAUAACUUGUCUAUUCAGCGUCAAGUAUCUGAUGGAAGCAAUUAGAACUGGAAAUAUCUACACUCGUCCUGGGGAAGCACUCUACAAAUAUAAUACAUGAAAUAGAUUAAAUCCAAUCUGAAACAUAAAAAUAUCGAAAAGUAAAACGCAGUUUCACAAAAUUUUUAUACACUGUAAAAUGAAAGUAUAAUAUAAUUACACAAAACUUUUACAUGUAGUACACUGAGUACUAACAGCCCUCACGUAAAGGCAAUAAAUACAAAGAAAUAACGAAAAAAUUGAAUCUCAUAAACAACUCUAUGGUCUAAGGAACACAUAAUCCUUCAGGAAUAGCAAAUAACGUUUUAUAUUAGCUGUGACUCCAAUGUCAGUGGAAAGUCUUGGGGUCGCGUUAUAGUCCUCAACAUAUAUCCUGGGGUAGAUUUUUAUACCGGGUUGGACUUUUUUAUACCGGCAUAGAUGUACCUGACAUGAUUAUGAAGAUGAUGAACAAACCAUAACAACAAAAUAUGUAUACGAUAUACACAAAAUCUUAUCAAACGUGGUGACAAAAGUCUAAACCGAUGAUUGAUGAUUAGUAAUGGAAUGUAAAAGGCUUUAGUUGGUCGUUGGACCAGCUUGUAUUUAAUGAGUAUCUCAUAAUCAAUUUUUAUAAUGACAUACUUUUCAAAAAGUAAAUGUUUUUUUUCAUAUUUGUCUUUAUUCCGCCCAUUACAAAUAUAAGCAAAUUUAAUGCAAAUUUUAAUGACAAGAUUACGUAUCUAAGGUGUGUGAAAAAUGUAUCCGUUAUUUCGUACUUUCUCAAGGAAAACAAUCGUUAAAUGAUGUUAAAUAUGCUAUAUUUUAUAUUUUCAUCAUACAAGAUUUUAUUAAUUUCAAUAUGAAAUUUUGGAAAUUUUUCAGCUGUUUGUUUGAGGAAGUUCUUAAUUAAUACGUAGGAACCCUUCAAAACGGUAAUGUAAGCAUAACUUAAAUUACAAUGAUGUGUAAUGUAUUCUAAGAAACACUUAUGUAUAAUUACAAUUAAAACAUUAUUCUGUCGUUGUUAUUGCAAUUAAAUAGAAAGUAACAUUCACUACAUGCUAAUUAUGUAAAUAGCUUUACUUUUGUUAUUUUAUUUAUUAAAACAUGUUAAUUAACUUUCAUAA